AAAGUACAGAGUUGUAUCUCUCGCUUAAGCCACUCUGGCUGUAAACCUACACUCACUUCCCUGAAAUCGGUACUGGGCGGAGAUCUCGUUCUUGAAGCUCGAAAGUGAAAGUAGAAAAAGCAUUAUAGAAGGCUUGAUGCUUUUUGUAACUUGAUGGUUAACAUUAUCACAGGUUUGUAAACCGUGUAAGGCUUAUCAUUAUCGUAACCUAUGUGGGCUAUACAUGGACCUAUGAGAUUGCGCGCAUGUCGGCCCCUUCCUCAACUGUUCAUCGAGUGUGUGUCACGGACACCACCAUCUUUUAUCAAUGCUCAGGAGCCUCGGGACUGUCAGGAGCCUCGGGACUGUCAGCAGCCUCGGGACUGUCAGGAGCCUCGGGACUGUCAGGAGCCUCGGGACUGUCAGGAGCCUCAAGACUGUCAGGAGCCUCAGGACCCGGAUGAUUCACAAAGAAUCAAACAGAACAGAAAAAGGAUGAUCAUUACAGGAGCAGCAGCAACAGUGGGAGCAGCUGCGGCAGUGGUGGGGGCACCAGUUGCCCUGGGAGUGGCAGGUUUGACUACUGUUGGGGUUGCUGCUGGAGCAACUGCAGGGGGCGCCGCAAUAGGAACAGGUACAAUUGCUGCAGCAGCAACAGCAACAGUGGGAGCAGUUGCGGCAGUGGCAAUGGCACCAGUUGUCCUAGGAGCGAUAGGAUUCACUGCUGGUGGGAUUGCUGCUGGAUCAUAUGCAGCAAGCAUGAUGUCUGCAGCGGCUGCGGUAAAUGGAGGUGGGAUAGCAGCCGGGGGUCUUGUUGCUGCUCUACAGUCAGCAGGUGCUGCAGGGCUUUCAGGAGUGGCUACAGCGGCGGUGGGGGGUGUUGGAGCUGCAGUUAGUGGCGCCAUGGGAUGGGUGGCCGCAGGAGCAGGGUUCUCAGGAGCAGCAGCUACUACAGCAGCUACGGCAGGUGCUGCAGGGCUCUCUGCAACAGCUACAGCAGCCGUGGGAGGUGUUGGAGCAGCAGUUGGGGGAACAGCAGGAUGGCUGGCCUCAAGGACUAGGACACCUGAAGGGAAAGAAGAGACAGGAGCAGCUACAGCAGCUGCUGCAGGAGGUGCUGCAGGGCUUUCAGGAGAGGCUACAGAGGCUGUGGGAGGUGUUAGAGCAGCAGUUGGUGGAGCGUCUGAAGGGGAGGGAGGAGUCGAGGAGAGAGAGCUUUCAGGAGCAACUACAGCUGCUGCAGAAGGUGCUGCAGGGCUUUCAGGAGAGGCUACAGCGGCUGUGGGUGGUGUUAGAACAGCAGUUGGUGGAGCGGCGGGAUGGCUGUUCUCAAGAAUCAGGACGUCUAAAAAGGUGGGAGGAGAGUAAAGAGGGAAGAGAGAGGAUGAGAAGAGGGCCCUUUACACAAAAACUGAUUGAUGUUAUGAAUGUUUUUUUUGUUGCUCCUUAAUAUAUUUUUUUCAUUGUUCAUGUUUAUUUUAGUAAAUAUUUUCUUUAUAAAAAAACAGCGAACGGCGAAUAAACUAUAAACUAUCAAAAUAAAGUUGCACUCUCCAUGUAUAAACUCCCAGCAAUUUAAUUGGUAUUUACCAACGUUUUGGCAUCACUGUGCCUUCCUCAGUGUCUGAGUUUAUAGUAAAUGUUUUCUCAACACUGUUUUUUCUUGGUUAAAAACUUCUUAGAUUUAUUUUUUAAGGGCUUGUAAGUAAGCAUUUCACUGUAAGGUCUACCCACACCUGUUGUAUUUGGUGCAUGUGACAAAUAACACUUGAUUUGCAUGAUUUCAUAAUGGUGUUAUGAGUGCAUAUGUAAACCCCCUUUUGGUGUUGCCAAAACACAUACGGGUAUAUACCCACUCAACAUGUAUUGCAAACAGAUGCAUGCACAUCCACUCAGAGGAACACUUAUGCAUGUGACAAAAUAAUUAACACACAUACUUUCAAAAUAAAAGUCUAUUGUAUAAUGGAAACAUGUUUUUUUAGUUGUCACCGUACCCAGCCCUAUGACAUACCAAACACAGAACAGGUGUGUAAUGCGCUUUGCAGGUGUGGUUCCCUUGCACAUGCUGAAUAAAUGUAAUCCAACCACAGAAAACCCUCCUACUUCUUGGCGAACAGAUUUUCCGGUGGAGUUUCAUUCAAAGUAGUUUUCAGUACAUUUAUUUAAAUUUGGUGUAAAGUACCUUUUUAAGUUGAAUUUUCUCAACAGACUCACUAGAAUAUAUGGAGAGAAUGUUCAGAAUAUUAGAGAUCAAUGAAAGAAAGUAAUUUAAAUACGCGCAUAUUCGUCUCAUUUCAGCACUAAUUAAAAAAUACUCUGAUCUUGUAUAUUAUUUAGGGUUCAAAAAAAUGUAGGAAUAAAAAAACAGGUUUGGAAAGCCUUUACUUAGAGAAUAUAUUGGUGAAUCAAAAAUACGGUGGUUUGAUUCAUCCUGAAAGUUGACAUAUUCAAUUGGUCAAUUCAUGAAAUAUUGGAAGGUGAGAAAAGUGUACAAUAGGGGAUGAACAGUAGUCCUAUAAAUCUACCCUAUCAAUCGUCACUAAUCACGGAUGACAACGGUCCAGUAGUGAACCGUGCGCCAGACUCAAGGUUUAAACUGCUAGGUAUGGUCAAGAUUCAAAUACGCCACAUGCCCUUAAUUAUUGCACAACAUGUAAUACGUUAGCGUAAUAUGAUUCACUAUUGCUAGCAAUCCUAAGGAACAACCACACAAACGUGACAGAGGAAAGAAAUAACAAUGGAAUGGAAUUAUGAGUGGCGUCAUUAGGCCUAGGUUUCCUAGGUUUCCUCUUUCCAAGAGGUUUUUGUUCCAGAAAGAAAUUAUGUUUUUCUGACUGAACCACAUAUCUUUUGACAGUAACGCAGUGUCCCGCUUUGGACUGAAGCUGAACCUUACAACAUUAUAUUUAACCCUGUUUAAAAUUAGCAAUGUUGAGGUGGUAGAACUGACCAAACAAAAUGAAUCGUAGACAUAAUAUAACCUAUUCCAUUCUACAGAUUAACAUGCUUGGCUUAUGUCUGUUAUUUCCAUAUAGGCUAUGUAAAUAUUUGUUUAAAAUAAUAAUAAUAAAAAGUGAAUUUAUUUCA